ACAAUUAUCAAAAUAGCAACAGCGCUCUCGAACAAAUAUGGAGAAAAAUACACUUUGCUACGUAAAAGCAUCGCAUUUGGGAUAUUUUACUAUGGGAUUGCCCGGUCUUGCCACGUUUAUUGCGAUAGCUUACUCCAUAGUGUAUGACUUUAAGGGUUCUACCGCGACACACUGUAAUGUUCGCAACAUCCUUCCCACUGUGAGUGCAUGCAUCAGUCGCUGUCCACAGUGUUAUAUCUGGCGGAUCUUUAUCGCUCUGCAUGCAGCACCAAGGUUCAUGUUUGCAGCUGCCUGGUAUAAUUGGUACAUGCAGGUCCAAGUAGGUAAAAGCCAGGCUUUAUAUGGAUUGCUUGUGAAGAUAACAAUAGGCCUUCACGUGGUUGAGAAUCUCAUGCUGGUGACUCUAACUUGUGUGUCUUCACUUGAAAACAGAAAUAUCCAUGAAAACAGUUUUGUGCUGUUUAUGGCUUGUUCCUGGCUAGUGUUCCUACUUAGUAUAGUUCUCUCAAAAUGGGGCAACAGGACACAUCCUGAGGACAGGAAGUCUUACAUGCUCAAGAAGCUGUUUGCUGUGAUAAACAUUGCCAGUUUCUCACUGGCACUCUAUUCCUACUUCAGACACAACGCAUACUGUGAGCCCUAUGUGUACAGUUGGUUUGCGUUUUUCGAGUAUGUGACCAUCUACUCCAACAUUCUUUUCCACGGUACGGCCACGAUUGAUGUGCGGGAGUACUCUGCCGGUCUUGUUCUCACUGAUCUCCUGCGCAAGCAUAAAUAGUGACAUUCACUUGCAGUUCAUGGUUGAUACCUCUUUUAGAUAUGAAGUGAAUGCUGGAGGUCUCUUGAUUCUUAAUAAGAUUGAAAUUAGGAUACUGGCUAAUUUGAACAACAUAUUGUGUGUUUUUUAGCUCACCUGAGCGAUAGCUCGGGGUGAGCUAUUGUGAUCACUCACCGUCCGGCGUCCGUCCGUCCGUCCGUCUGUCUGUCUGUCUGUCUGUAAACAAUUUGUUAACAUCUUCUUCUACUAAACCAUUGAGCCAAUUUCAACUAAAUUUCAUGUGGAGCAUCCCUAGGUCAUGGGACAAAAGAAUUGUUAAAAAAAAUUUGAUCACAUAACCAAGAUGGCCACCAUGACCAUAUAUGGUAAAAACCUUAAAAAAUCUUCUUGUCAGAAACCGCUCAUCAGAUUUUCAAAAAAUUUCACAGGGAUGACCUUUGAAGGCUCCCCUGAAAAAGUUGUUCAAAGAAAUUUGAUUCGUCAAAAAACAUGGCCGCAGGAGCUCGUUGAACUUUGCAUGUUUAUUCGUUUUUGCCUAUUUUGUGAAAACUUUCAAAAAUCUUCCACUUUUUUUGUCCGAUCCUUUCCAAAUUUGCACAGUGUCUUUAUAUCAAUGAGGACACAAACCCUACAAAAAAUUAGCAUUAUUGGUCCAUGAAGUACAGAAUUACCUCCCCUUGAAUUGAGAAAAUGGUGUUUAUGCAAUAAAGUCCAAAUUUUUCAUCCAAUUCUUUCCAAACUUGUAAGGAUUUAGCAUGGUUCAAACAAGGGAAACAACUACGGUUUAUGCAUGUUCUUUUUAUUACAGAUUUUCCUCCCUUUAAUUCAUUCAAAAUCUCAUUUUACAGCAGAGAUUCCAAAUCUGACCUGUAAAUGAGCCCCAUAUUUACUGCCAGUGCUAGGUUACCUUUUCCCAUUUGAUCAUUCUUAAGUAUUGGUCUUGUAAUGCUGCUACUGCUUCUGCUACUGCUACUGCUACUACUACUACUACUACUACUACUACUACUACUACUACUACUACUACUACUACUACUACUACUUCUACUACUACGACUACUACUACUAC